AUGACUGAGAAACCGGGCAAACCCGUCGUCCCACCAGCCAAUGGUGAAGCUGGCAAAGCGGAAGGCGGCGAAAAGGAGCAGAAGCAGAAGAAGCCGAGUGUGUGGAGCAAGUUGAAGACCAAGGUCGGCACGAAGAUCGGCCUUGUCGAGAGGACGACGCUUGAGCCGAAGUUUGUCGAGGAGCGGCUGAACGUUGAGCGCUACCGUGCCAGGGUCGACCGGCUGCUCGACGGGUUUGAGGCUGUCCUUCAGCCAGACCCGAAAGUGUUGGCCAUCCCGUCAAAUGGUGCACUUCCGGUGGCCGGUGAGCUGUCGUGGGAGCUGCUGGCCCGUGCGUCAGGUGCUCUCCACUGCUGUCUCACCAAUGACUACCAGGCACGAUUUUUAAUG